CGAUUUAUAAAAAGUCAAAGAUUCAAAACUGGAAAAACAAGUAUUAGGUUGCGCUAUACAUAUGAAAGAAUAUACAAUAAUGAUGUAUUUGGCGAAUCAAAUAUCAUGGUCUAAUAAAGAAUCAUUCUGAUUAGUUGAUAAUUUUGUGAAAGAUUCCUGUGAAAAAGGUUAAUUAAAUCUAUUCCUAAUUUAUGUCGAGUAGACCUUGUUGUUUUGUUUUAUUGCAAGAAUUCUAAAUUCAUGACUUGUAGGGAGGGACUUAUGUCACCACAAACAGAGACUAAAGCAAGUGUUGGAUUCAAAGCUGGUGUUAAAGAGUAUAAAUUAAAUUAUUAUACUCCUGAAUAUGAAACCAAGGAUACUGAUAUCUUGGCAGCAUUCCGAGUAACUCCUCAACCCGGAGUUCCACCUGAAGAAGCAGGGGCUGCGGUAGCUGCUGAAUCUUCUACUGGUACAUGGACAACUGUGUGGACCGAUGGGCUUACCAGCCUUGACCGUUACAAAGGACGAUGCUACCACAUCGAGCCCGUUCCAGGAGAAGAAACUCAAUUUAUUGCGUAUGUAGCUUACCCAUUAGACCUUUUUGAAGAAGGGUCUGUUACUAACAUGUUUACCUCAAUUGUGGGUAACGUAUUUGGGUUCAAAGCCCUGGCUGCUCUACGUCUAGAGGAUCUGCGAAUCCCUCCGGCUUAUACUAAAACUUUCCAGGGACCACCUCAUGGUAUCCAAGUUGAAAGAGAUAAAUUGAACAAGUAUGGACGUCCCCUAUUAGGAUGUACUAUUAAACCUAAGUUGGGGUUAUCCGCGAAGAACUAUGGUAGAGCAGUUUAUGAAUGUCUACGUGGUGGACUUGAUUUUACCAAAGAUGAUGAGAAUGUGAACUCUCAACCAUUUAUGCGUUGGAGAGACCGUUUCUUAUUUUGUGCCGAAGCUAUUUAUAAAUCACAGGCUGAAACAGGUGAAAUCAAAGGACAUUAUUUGAAUGCUACUGCGGGUACAUGCGAAGAAAUGAUGAAAAGAGCUAUAUUUGCCAGAGAAUUGGGAGUUCCUAUCGUAAUGCAUGACUACUUAACAGGGGGAUUCACCGCAAAUACUAGUUUGGCUCAUUAUUGCCGAGAUAAUGGCCUACUUCUUCACAUCCACCGUGCAAUGCACGCUGUUAUUGAUAGACAGAAGAAUCAUGGUAUGCACUUCCGUGUACUAGCUAAAGCUUUACGUCUAUCGGGUGGAGAUCAUGUUCACGCGGGUACAGUAGUAGGUAAACUUGAAGGAGACAGGGAGUCAACUUUGGGCUUUGUUGAUUUACUGCGCGAUGAUUAUGUUGAAAAAGACCGAAGUCGUGGUAUCUUUUUCACUCAAGAUUGGGUCUCACUACCAGGUGUUCUACCUGUGGCUUCAGGGGGUAUUCACGUUUGGCAUAUGCCUGCUUUGACCGAGAUCUUUGGAGAUGAUUCCGUACUACAAUUUGGUGGCGGAACUUUAGGCCACCCUUGGGGAAAUGCACCGGGUGCCGUAGCUAACCGAGUAGCUCUAGAAGCAUGUGUACAAGCUCGUAAUGAGGGACGUGAUCUUGCAGUCGAGGGUAAUGAAAUUAUCCGUGAGGCUUGCAAAUGGAGUCCUGAACUAGCUGCUGCUUGUGAAGUAUGGAAGGAGAUCACAUUUAACUUCCCAACCAUCGAUAAAUUAGAUGGCCAAGACUAGAAAUUAGAUUAGUAAUUCACGUCCGUUUUAUUAGUUUAAUUGCAAUUAAACUCGGCUCAAUCUUUUUUUUACUAAAAGGAUUGAGCCGAGUUUAUCUAGUGUAUAUACUGUUUUUGAUAGAUACAUACUUAAUCUAGAUAUACAAAAUCUGAAAAAAAAAGAAGAUUAAACACAACUACACUUUUGUAUUGUAGUGUCCACAAGAAAUUCUAUACGAAAUAUGGAUUCUUAGGAUUUUUUUAUUCUUUUUUUAAGUUUCGUGUCAGGGCUUGAACCAAGUAUCCCCACUUCUUCUACCCAUUCUGCAUGUUGUCCUUUUCUUUUCAUUCCGUAUUGGAAUAAAAACCUUUUUUUUAUAUUAGUAUACGAGAUUUUACUAAAAAAGUUCUUCAUAUCGUUAUAUUCAUAAGCGAAGAACAAAUAUUUCUUUUUUUUAAUGAGAAUUUUACACAAUAUAAGAAAAUCCUUAUUUUCAUUUAGAAUUGAAAUUUAUUAAUUUCAAUUGCUUUUACUUAAUAAUCUUAGCAAUUAGCAAUUGCAUUGACAUGCUUUGCUUACUCUGAAUAGAAAAUGAACUAUUCAAAUUUUUUUUUUUGCAUUUUUCAAUUUUUUCAUUGAAUGACUAUUCAUCUAUUGUUAUUUUAUUUUCAUGUAAAUAGAGGCCAGAAGCUCUAUGGAAAAAUCGUGGUUCAAUUUGAUGUUUUCUAAGGGAGAAUUGGAAUACAGAGGCGAGCUAAGUAAAGCAAUGGAUAGUUUUGCUCCUAUUGAAAAGACUACUAUAAGUAAAGACCGGUUUAUAUAUGAUAUGGAUAAAAACUUUUAUGGUUGGGGUGAGCGUUCUAGUUAUUACAAUAAUGUUGAUCUUUUAGUUAACUCCAAGGACAUUCGGAAUUUCAUAUCGGAUGACACCUUUUUUGUUAGGGAUAGUAAUAAAAAUAGUUAUUCUAUAUAUUUUGAUAUAAAAAAGAAAAAAUUUGAGAUUAACAAUGAUUUGAGUGACCUAGAAAUUUUUUUUUAUAGUUAUUGUAGUUCUAGUUAUCUGAAUAAUAGAUCUAAAGGUGACAACGAUCUGCACUAUGAUCCUUACAUUAAGGAUACUAAAUAUAAUUGUAAUAAUCACAUUAAUAGUUGCAUUGACUCUUAUUUUCGUUCUCACAUCUGUAUUAAUAGUCACUUUUUAAGCGAUAGUAAUAAUUCCAAUGAAAGUUACAUUUAUAAUUUCAUUUGUAGUGGAAGUGGAAAGAUUCGUGAAAGCAAAAAUGACAAGAUAAGAACUAAUAGUAAUCGUAAUAAUUUAAUGAGUUCUAAGGCUUUCGAUAUAACUAAAAACUACAAUCAAUUGUGGAUUCAAUGCGACAAUUGUUAUGGAUUAAUGUAUAAGAAAGUCGAAAUGAAUGUUUGUGAAGAAUGUGGACAUUAUUUGAAAAUGACCAGUUCAGAGAGAAUUGAGCUUUCGAUUGAUCCGGGUACUUGGAAUCCUAUGGAUGAAGACAUGGUCUCUGCGGAUCCCAUUAAAUUUCAUUCGAGGGAGGAACCUUAUAAAAAGCGUAUUGCCUCUGCUCAAAAAAAGACAGGGUUGACUGACGCUAUUCAAACAGGUACAGGUCAAUUAAACGGUAUUCCGGUAGCUCUUGGGGUUAUGGAUUUUCAGUUUAUGGGGGGUAGUAUGGGAUCCGUAGUAGGCGAAAAAAUAACUCGUUUGAUCGAGUAUGCUACCAAUCAAUGUUUACCUCUUAUUUUAGUGUGUUCUUCCGGAGGAGCACGAAUGCAAGAAGGAAGUUUAAGUUUGAUGCAAAUGGCUAAAAUUUCUUCGGUUUUAUGUGAUUAUCAAUCAAGUAAAAAGUUAUUCUAUAUAUCAAUUCUUACAUCUCCUACUACCGGUGGGGUGACAGCAAGUUUUGGUAUGUUGGGGGAUAUCAUUAUUGCCGAACCCUAUGCCUAUAUUGCAUUUGCGGGUAAAAGAGUAAUUGAACAAACAUUGAAAAAAGCCGUGCCUGAAGGUUCACAAGCAGCUGAAUCUUUAUUACGUAAGGGCUUAUUGGAUGCAAUUGUACCACGUAAUCCUUUAAAAGGUGUUGUGAGUGAGUUAUUUCAGCUCCAUGCUUUUUUUCCUUUGAA